GCAACACACCAGUUGUAUUGAUCAGUGAAAAGUGACGUUUGAAGUUCUUAGGUUUUUUGGCUGUCAGAGAGUUCUCUGCGAGACUCGGUCGAAAAUCCUUGUCCGUUUUGUAAAUCUCUCGUUUUGUGUAUCCAGAAAUCGACCACAGAUUCGGCUACACUUGGACGGCGGGCGUCGGGCGGACACGGACCGCCAGUUGUAAUAUCUGCUUCGGACGCUUCUGUGAUAAUCAGCGCGAGUGCGACCGCUACAGUGCAUUUCACUUGAAUGCUAGUUGCGUAGAGGAGAAGCUUCCGCCUGAAAGACUGCAUAGCGAAAAUGAAUAUAAAUAACGUAGACAUCUGGGGGAUUACGGCCCGCGAGAAGAUUAAGUUCCAGCAGCAGUUCAAGUCGCUUCAGCCACAAAAUGGAAUUGUUACAGGCGCACAAGCGAAAGGCUUUUUCUUACAAUCACAACUUCCGCCGAUCGUGCUCGGACAAAUCUGGGCUCUGGCUGACACCGACGCGGACGGCAAGAUGAAUAUCCAAGAAUUUAGUAUAGCGUGUAAACUUAUUAAUCUAAAGCUGCGAGGUUUCGAAUUACCAAAAGUGCUUCCACCAGUUCUUCUUGCCUCGCUAUCGUCAGCCAGUGGCACUCCCUCAGCAACGCCCACGGGCAGCCUGAGUCCCUUGGAUCCACUGAAGAAAGUGGACGCAAUUGGGACAGCGCCUUUACCAACCGCGAUUAUUCAGCCCCAACAGCCGCCGCUCAUCCCACCCAUGGCAGUCGCUGCCCCGAUGGGGAUGCCCCGGCCAGUCCCGCCAAUGGUUCCACAACAACCGCUGGUCCCGGGAACGCACCCUCCACUUGCUGGUGCUCCUCAAAUCCCGCUUGCACAAUCAGUGGGCAUGGUUCCAGGCGUAGCGUCAGUCCCUGCUGGAAUGGUACCAAUACAACCACCGCUCGUCCCGGCAAGCACCAUUGGAAUCAUGGGGGCGGCCACGGUUCCUCCUGUAAUCCCGCCUGCUAUUCCGCCGCAGCCGACAGUAAUGCCCACAGCUAAUGCGUCGCUUAUUGAUACUACUACAAAAAUAGUUUCACCGCCCACCGCAGAAAACUCAAGUGCACUACCCGCACCGCCGACACCACCACAAAGCAAUCCACCGAGCCGGAACAUGUCGAUUUCUGAGCGAGCACCAUCAAUUGAGUCGCCACAAGUGGAAUGGGCCAUCAAAGGUCCUAUCAAACUCAAGUACACGCAGCUUUUCAACACAACAGAUCGCACAAGAAGUGGCUUCUUGACCGGCGCACAGGCCCGUAAUAUUAUGGUUCAGACGAAGUUGCCCCAAGCCACACUUGCUCAAAUUUGGGCUCUCUCUGACAUGGAUUCCGACGGUCGUUUGGGCUGUGAAGAAUUUGUCUUGGCAAUGUAUUUGUGUGAAAAGGGGUUGGCAGGUGAAAAGAUACCAGUCACUCUACCACCUGACCUUAUACCACCAACAUUCCGGAAGGGGACAUCACGACAAGGCUCAAUAGCAGGAUCCCGCCAUGGCUCGCAGCCUGGAUCUCGACACGCUUCAAUUUCGUCUCAAGGCGCGACAGCAGAACCAGAUCCAGCUGCUGGGUUGCCUCAAACUUCCUUUGAAGAUAAACGAAAAGAAAAUUUCGAUAAAGGACAAGCGGAAUUAGAUCGACGACGAAAAUUACUCUUGGAUCAGCAGCGCAAAGAGCAGGAAGAACGGGAACGGAAAGAACGUGAGGAGGCAGAGAAACGCGAGAAGGCACGCCUUGAAGCGGAACGCAAACAGCAGGAAGAAUUAGAACGUCAAUUGCAAAGACAACGUGAAAUCGAACAGGAGAAAGAAGAACAACGUAGACGAGCUUUAGAAGCCAAAGAGGCCGCCAGAAAAGAAUUAGAGCGGCAACGACAGAUAGAAUGGGAAAAUCAACGCAUAAGCGAAAUGCAACUGCAGCGCCAGCGUGAGCAAGAGAAAGUGUUGAAGCUGAAAGCUCAGAAUCAAACUUUGAACAUAGAAUUAAGUACUUUAAACGAAAAGAUUAAAGAACUUUCACAGAAAAUUUGUGACACACGAGCAGGAGUGACAAAUGUAAAGACGGUUAUUGAUGGAAUGCGCUCGACCCGCGACACCCAAAUGAGCGAAAUGGCCCAAUUCAAGGCUCGAAUAAAAGAACAAAAUCAGAAAUUGCUUCAAUUAACUCAAGAGAAGGCUAAAUGGGAUUCGAAAAUGAAAAUGAACCAGUUCGCUGAUGCAGCUAACCAAGAACAAAUGAAUGCUGCGUUUGCUAAUAAACAGAUUAUAAUCAAUCAAUUAAAGGACAAAAUUGAAAACAUUAAGGUUGAAAUUGAAACGAAGAAAACAGAUAUUGACUCUAACAACGUUCAAAUGACAGAACUUAAGGCUGAAUUAGAAACAUUAAUAGAAAAAUGCGAGGAAUUGUAUAAGACCUAUGAUCAACAUCGUACUCAAGUGCUGGAACUGAAGAAUAACAAAAAGAACGAAUCAUACAAUGCGGCAUGGGAGACGGCGGCAAAUGCUUGGCCAACAGAACCUGAAGUUACUACAAACAAUAUGAAUGUUUCGUAUGCCGAACCAGCGCACGAGAUACCGAAUCAUGAGGGAUACAUAAAACACCGCGCUAUAUAUGAAUUCAAUGCACGCAACCCAGAUGAGAUCAGUUUUCAACCAGGUGAUAUUGUUUAUGUGCCGAUCGAACAAAACGCCGAACCUGGGUGGCUAGCUGGAGAAAUUAAUGGACACACUGGCUGGUUCCCCGAAUCUUAUGUAGAAAAAAUUGACGAUACAUCGACUAGCAAUAUGCUAAGUAGUAUUAAUACUCAGGACACAUACAUUGACAAUAAUCGACAUUUAGAUAACAUAGCGGAGGUAACAGAAACGACGACAAUAUCGAACGUAAAUGCAAAUGACCAGGAACAACAACAAGAACUCACAUAUAACGGGGAUGUAGAAUAUUAUGUAGCAAUGUAUCCAUACGAGUCGGCGGAGGUGGGUGAUUUGAACUUCAAUGCUGGCGAAAUAAUUAUGGUUACGAAAAAAGAAGGAGAUUGGUGGACGGGAACGAUUGGCACACGCGUCGGUAUUUUUCCAUCGAACUUUGUACAAAAAACAGACGUAAGUGAUAACAACGCUACCCCGGCAGUACAAGAAGCGGAGCAGAUAACAACGAAUAAUACCACGACAGAAGUGAUGGAAGAGAAAGUGGAAAUCCACGAGAGUAACACUGGCAAAGAAAGUCUCCAACAAAUCACUUCUACGUUGGCGGAUGACGCUAAAAAUCAGGAGGAUCUGGACACGGAAGUUUCACAAAUCAAUACACAACAAAAGAAUGCUGAUCAGACACAAGAAACGUAUAGUCGACCAAUGUCUAGAACUUCAUCCAUGACUCCAGGCAUGCGUGGCAAAAAACCUGAAAUAGCCCAGGUUAUAGCUCCUUAUGAGUCCACCAGUCCCGAACAGCUAUCACUACAACGUGGGCAGUUGAUUAUGAUUCGUAAAAAAACCGAUUCUGGCUGGUGGGAGGGUGAAUUACAAGCCAAAGGACGACGUCGGCAGGUUGGUUGGUUCCCUGCGUCGUAUGUGAAAAUUUUACAAGGUGGCCGAAACAGUGGACGCAACACACCCGUUUCAGGAAGCAAAAUUGAAAUGACGGAGACAAUUUUAGAUAAAGUAAUUGCACUAUAUCCGUACAAAGCACAGAACGACGAUGAACUUUCUUUCGACAAAGAUGAUAUCAUAAGUGUUCUUGGAAGAGACGAACCGGAAUGGUGGCGAGGGGAAUUAAAUGGACUGACAGGAUUAUUCCCAAGCAACUACGUCAAACCAUUCGUUUCUUCGGGUAAUGUGUAACAUGGACAUUUGGCCAUCCGUAGAUCUAUCCAAAUAUGCAGAAAUAGGAUCGUAGCAUGAUAUGUUUUCAUCUGAGCCAUGCAAAGCAUAAAUAAACUGAACACAAUAUAAUAAUAAUCAGCGCAUAAAAAUCUUCCUACAGAGAGCGAGAUAAGAAAAAUAUUAUACCCUUAACUAAAAGAAUGUUGUUAGAAUGUUAGAAAUCGUUCAUAAAGUUAGUUAUGUUCUGUAAAAUAAAUUAAAAUUCACGUAUAAUACUAUUCAUUUCCAUAGAAAGUUGAUAAUAUUAUAUGCCGUACUCAUAUGUAUACAUAUGUACUUAUAUCAGUAGUGGACGCCUCAGUUUUAUUUCAGAGUGUUAUCGUUACAUUGAAACUAUUAAUCAUUUCUUGGAUAAGAAUGCAGAAAGAAUUAACGGAAAGAUGUUCAUCGAAUCGUAUGUUUACAAUGAACUAACACACUACAUGUUUUAUGUUCAACGUCUUAAGACCUUGUUUUGUCAUUCUAUGAAUAUUAUCAAAGAAUUUUGAACAGCGCAAUAGUUGAUUGAUACACACAUGCGAAAUUCCGUUGCUAUCAGUAACAUGUUCAGCAUUUUAGAUUGUAAAAUAGAAUUAAAACAUAUGAUUAUACUUAAAGUAAUAAAAGAAUUUCAUUGAAUUAAUGCUUCAAUCCAAAGUUAUGUAAUAAUACAUCUUCAAAAAAUAUAAUAUCAUAAAGUUAUAUUGGUCGGUAUAUUGGGAGCAAAAUUAUAUCUAGAGCAAUAUUAGAUUUGGCGAUCCUUAUAUAUAUAAAAUGCGUCACUCUAACUAUUGUUUAAUCAUUUCAAUUCAGAAAAAUUAUUAAUUAAUAUUUUAUUGUUACAUGUUAAUUGAAUAUAUGAAUUCUCCUCAUGUAUCGUCGCAAAAUAUAAGAAUAACGCAAAAUAUAGAAUUUAACGCAACACAGCAAGCUGUCUACCGUUAUCUGUAUGUCGCAAAAAUUACUCAUGAUUAUAAAAGAAGACAUAGCAAAGGAAUUUCCCAAUUCACAAUGCUUUGAAUUGACAAAAUUACAUAAACAUAGUCUUGUUAAACGUAUUAUGUUAUAAGCUUAAAAGGUAAUAUGAUAAAUAUCUGCAAAAUCGA